CUCAUUUUUAAACACAUAACACACACACAAGCACACACAUACACACGCUUUCUUUCUUCUUUCUCCUCCUUCCCCCCCUCUCUCUCUUUCUCUCUUUCUUUUCUUUUAGCUCUGCCUUGGUUUUUCUUUUUCCGAUCCUUACAGAAACAGAAAACGGAGGAGAACAUGACAGAACAGCACCAUGGAGAAUUAGCAGCGUAUUCACGAAAACGCAAGCAAGAUGUACACUAUGAAGACAACAGCAACAACAACAACAACAACUCGUGGUUUGCGACAACGACAGGUCGUGAGAGUCCAAGCCAGUUUCUGGAUCAGCUUCAUCACUCAACCUCUGCGUCAUCCCAUGGUCUUGGCUUCGAGUUUCUUCCUCCUCCUCCUCCUCCUCCUCCUCCUCCUCCUCCUAUUAGCACAACCACAACACAUCAUCAUCGUCAUGAUCAGCACCAAUCCGGCGAAUUGGUGAGUACAGCGGCGGCCGAUGAAUUUAUCUCGUAUAACGACCAUCAACGCCGCCAACAACAACAACAACACGAACAACUUCGCUUGAACGAUCUGCAAAGUAUUCAUGAGCGCAAUCAGCAACAACUGAUUCAAUCGUGGGUUGGCGGUGGUGGUGGUAAUAACAGCAGUGGACGACAACAUUCGCCACAAACAAGCUUCUCGCCUACAACACCAGCGUUCUUUUCGCCCAGUUUUCUCGAGUCGUUGCAGCAUGAAGAUGAUCCUACAAGUAGACAAUUUAUGCAGCAUCAAGAGCCGUCCUCGUCGUCCUCCUUGGAUGCUUGGCCGCCCGUACCACCACCACAACACCAUCAUCCUCCCCAUCCACAACAACACUCGUACGAGUUCCCUCCUUCCAUGGAUUCUAUGGUCCGUAUUUUGAACAGAGACUAUGCUGUUAGCUGCACCAACCACCCGCUGGUGGUAGUCUUUGGAAGAUAGUGGGGGUGGGGUUGAAGUUGUAUAGAAUUGAUGCUCAUCAUGAUGCAAAACAUAUCGUUAUUACAGAUGGAUCGAGCACGGACCCAUAGUCAUAGCGAGCCACUCUCCUUGUUCCACUCUUCAUCCACCACAUCGAUCCUUUCACCGCCUCAAUCACCCUCUUCACCGAGUCCAUUCAUUCGAAGCAACUCAUCCUCACUGCGCGCACGUCCUAUUCCCGAAGAGCAAGACGACGACAGUAACAGCAAUAAUAACGAGU